AUGAACAAGUUGACUGUGUUUCUCUUUGCCUUCGGCCUGUUCACCACCGCUACGGCUGGUGGGUUUUCGGGCCAUGGCGGUGGUCUUGUUCUUGGCCAUGGGGGAUUUGGUGGUGGCUUCGGAUUUGGCGGCGGCCAUGGCCACCACGUGCAUGCUCUUCGAGGACCAACGUACUUGGUGAAAACUGUUCAUCACGUGCACAAGCUUCACGGCGGAGGCGGAUACCUUGGUGGAGGGCACGGCUUCAGCGGUGGCCUCAAGGGAUUCGGCGGCUUCGGAAGUCAUGGCUGGCACGGGCGAUAG